AUGGAGGCAGCACUAGCCAAUCUAAGUAAUGUAGCCCAGUCGGCGCUACAGGCCGCAGCGGCGAGGGCGCGUGGUACGGCCUCCGUCAAGCCUGGCGAUGCCGCUACCGCCUCGUACAAUCAAUGGCUACCCUACGUUGCCGCCGUGGUGGUGGCAUAUCCGAUCUUGGUCCAUCUCCUCCGCUACCGUAGCUUGCACGCUCUGCGGCGCCGCUUCCCUUAUGGUCCCGAGGCCGGCAAGAACCACAAGCCCUACUCAGCCAUGACGAACAAUGAAGCCGCCGCCAUCAUCAAUCGCCUCUCCGACUGGGAGUUCCCCACCAUGAUCCUUUUGGGCCUGCAGAUGGCUCUGCUGCGCACAUACGGCAUCCCAUCCAUCUCGCGCCUGCUGGCUGCCACCCGCCAACUCGGCCAAGGUGACACCGUCGGCCGCCGCUACGCCGACACGAGCGUCAUCAUGAACGAGAUCUACGAGAACCCGCCCGACACCCCCCGCAGCGCCGAGGCCUACGCCCGCCUCAACUAUCUGCACGGCGUCUACAUCAAGGCCGGCAAGAUCUCCAACGACGACAUGCUCUACGUCCUGAGCCUGUUCAUGUACGACGCCGUCGACGCCGUCAACCUCUACGAGUGGCGCCGCAUCACCGAGCUGGAGCGCUGCGCCUUUGGCGUCUUCCACCACGGCAUGGGCACCGCCAUGGAGAUCGACUUCUCCCCGCUGCCGAGCGCCGCCGCCGGCUUCCGCGACGGCCUGCACUUUUACGACGAGCUGUACGCCUGGAGCAAGGCCUACGAGCGCUCCGUCAUGCUUCCGGCCCAGUCCAACCACGACGUCGCCGUCCACACCGUGAACCUCAUCCAGCGCGACUUCCCUUCCCUCCUACACCCUGUCGUCGAGAAGAUGGUGUACUCGGUCUUCAACGACCAGUUCCUGGCCGCCUGCAAAUUCCCCAAACCCGCCCGCAGCUACUACCUCCUGACCCGCGGCCUCUUCGCCCUCAAGCGCUACGCCUGCCGCCACCUGCUGCUGCCGCGCAUGGCGCCCGACGCUCCCUGGCGGAGCUCCGACCCGGCCGAGGACGUCGGCCCGGAUGGCAAGCGCUGCUUCAAGGCCAACGCGGGGCUGCCCGUCUACGUGCGCCCGACGUUUUGGAACCGCUGGGGUCCUGGCGCCUUGUACUUUCGCCUCAUCGGCAAGCCCGUCCCCGGCGACAAGGGGAUGGAGCCUGACGGUUAUCUGCUCAAGGACGCCGGCCCGAAGCAGCACAGCGGCAAGGGGUGGGACGAGGCCGAGCUGACGGCCAAGAAGCUGUUGAGGACGUCCAGGGGCGGGUGUCCCUUUGCGUGA